AUGGUUGUAAUGCAAAAUAAGAAACCAAAAGAGCCAGCAUUCUGUUAUACCAGCAACUGUGGCUCUGUCGUCGUCCUCGGAUACGACAAUUCUGCCAUCGUCGAUGGCUACGAUGACUCUGCCGUCGUCGACGGCAACUGUGGCUCUGUCGUCGUCCUCGGAUACGACAAUUCUGCCAUCGUCGACGGCUACGGUGACUCUGCCGUCGUUGACGGCAACGGUGGCUCUGUCGUCGUCCUCGGAUACGACAAUUCUGCCUUUGUUCCCGGCUACGGUGACUCUGCCGUCGUUGACAGCAACGGUGGCUCUGUCGUCGUCAACGGCAACGGUGGCUCUGUUAUCAUCCUCGGAUACGACAAUUCUGCCUUUGUUCCCGGCUAUGGUGCUUCUGCCGUCGUCGACGGCAACGGUGGCUCUGUCGUCGUCGACGGCAACGGUAGCUCUGUCGUCGUCGACGGCAACGGUGGCUCUGUCAUCAUCCUCGGAUACGACAAAUCUGACGUCGUCGACGGCUACGGUGACUCUGCCGUCAUUGAUGGCAACGGUGGCUCUGUCGUCGUCGACGACAACGGUAGCUCUGUCAUCAUCCUUGGAUACGACAAUUCUGUCGUUGUUCCCGGCUACGGUGACUCUGCCGUCGUCGACGGCAACGGUGGCUCUGUCGUCAUCAACGGCAACGGUGGCUCUGUCAUCAUCCUCAGAUACGACAAUUCUGCCGUUGUUCCCGGCUAUGGUGCUUCUGCUGUCGUCGACGGCAACGGUGGCUCUGUCGUCGUCUACGGCAACGGUGGCUCUGUCGUCGUCAACGGCAACG